UUUCUUGACCAAAAAAAAAAAUAUUUCUUUCUUGUUCUCUCAUCAGGCACUAAAAGCGACCGACACUCAACCACCUACCGCGCGUCCCUGAGCACUGGCACCCAAGGCCAUCGCUGAUCCUCGACCACCCACCGCGCCUCCGAACUCGUCGUUCCUUCACUCGCUUCUCCGCUGUUCCGUUAGGUGUAGAUGUCAUUGGUUAUCUUUGUGGUGCAUUGGGCAUUUGAAUUAUAUCAUGAAUGGUUGCUGGCACAACAAAAGCCGCAACCACACCACUUUAUCCAACGACAUGCUAGAGACAUAUGUUAGCAUCUUCCAAUCUAUAGUCCAAUAAAAAACUGUUGAUACAGCGGUGGAGGAUAUGGAACGUGGUAUCAUUGGUGUCGAGGCCAUCAUUAAGUGCUUUUGAUAAUUUCCUAUUAGCAUAAUAGAUCAAGUGUUUAAUGGAAGGCCAAGUAGAGAAAGUGUCGAAUGAAGCUCCAAAAUUUGAAUCUGUAAACAGGGCAAAGAAGCUGGUUCAUCGACGAAUGUUGGUGGGGAUCAAAGAUGGGAGGUUUUUAUUAGGAAACUUUCACUGUAUGGAUAAACAAGGCAACAUCAUCCUCCAAGACUCCGUCGAGUACAGGAGCACUCGCCGUUCGUCUCCCUCGCCCAUGGAACAGCGUUGUCUUGGUUUAAUUCUUAUCCCUUUCUCUUCUCGUUCCUCCUGUCAUGUUGAUUGCUCUAUCGAAGAACACUUGGCUCUCCUUGCGGUUUAGUUUGGGGAAUAUUAUGAAUUUUAUGAUUCAAGAUUUUUUAUUUUCUUUAGGGGGUUGGGGGUGGCAGGAAGAAGUAUCUGAUAUCUUAGUUGGAUGCUUUUGGUGAGUGGAAAAAGUGGAAAAAUUGAGUUACUUUUACUUCUUUAUGGAUCUGGUGAAAUCAUGAAUCUUGUUUUUAUUUUUGUUGUUAAAUGUCUGUGAUUAUCAUGCCCUUUUACA